ACAGUUUUAAAAGGCCACCACGGAACGCGGCAACCGUCAACCGCGUCCGCUGAAUCCGCGCGAAAAUGAAAUCGAGUUUCUAAAUUCGAACGUUCGAUUUUUUUAGCAAUAAAAACUCUUUGCAAUCAAAACAUCUUUGGAUUCGUAUUUAAUUUUUUACUUUUACAAUUUUUUACUCAUCUAAAGAUAGCGUGAUAAAAAUGCAAUUUUUCAGCCUCAGUUACGUGUCUAGUGUAGUUUUAAUAUCGAUAGUUUUAUUAGCCAGUGCUCAAAGGCCUAACAAUAAUCAACGAGACCUCGGACCGAGAGAAUUGGCGCGACAGAACCAAAUCACGACACAAAUUCUGGAAGCAUACAUUCAGAAAAAGUUGGGCUUAGCGAGGCAUACCAAUCCAUUACUAAGACCGCCGUCGAUCUUUGAUAUAAUACCACCGAAGAAACAAAGAGAGGAAAGACCAACGAGGCAGCUGUCUAUACACGAGGAAAAUGAAGAAGAUCCCCCGGAGAUUGAGGAAGACGAUGGAAGCGAAACUGAAACUGCAGCCGUGGAGGAUGAAGGAUUGCAGAGUGUGGAGAGUGAACAGAUUGACUCAAUUUACUCCGAAGGUAGGAGUAAGAAAUACACAAGCCCACCUUUUGAAGCGGAUUUGGAUACAAAUGAUUAUAAAUGCUCGAGUUGCAAUGACGAUGAACUGGGAGUGACGCGAUGGACCAUGCCACUGCUGAAGAGCGGCGAAAAGCGGUAUUACCUGGGAAUAUUCUUUAAGGCGAACUGGUUUAAAGCACAGCAGUACUGUCGCUUCCACGGCAUGCACCUCGCAUCCAUCUCAUCACAAGAAGAAAAUGACAGGCUUGAGAAAUAUGUAAAGGACUCGGGCUACGGGCGUGAACACUUCUGGACAUCGGGCACUGACUUGGCCGAAGAGGGUAACUUCUUUUGGAUGGCUAAUGGAAGACCACUUACUUUCGUCAACUGGAAUGCUGGAGAGCCCAACAACUUCAGAUAUGAGAACGGCGAAGAAGAGAACUGCUUAGAACUAUGGAACCGAGAUGACAAAGGUCUUAAAUGGAACGACUCACCUUGUUCUUUUGAGACUUUCUUCAUAUGCGAAGUAAGGACAGAUUAAUGAUUGUUAAUUUAGAAUUGAAUGUGAUAGCAGAUUAGUGUGCUAGAAACCAACUAUUAUUUACUUCCCAAUUUUUUUCGUUGUUACAAAUAUAAUUUAAACUCAUUUAUAUAGUUUGAAUUAAAUGCUAUUUUCCAUUAAAAUUUAGAAAGAAAACUCUUAGAAAACUUGCCUGUUUUAUUUAU